UAUGGUAGCUAUGCCAGUCGUGUGGGAGAGAAAAAGCAACGGGCCCGCAUGAGUGAGAGUCUUUCCCGGUUACUCAUCAUUUUAGCCUUCGGUGACACUCAGCUGACUCGAAAUAGAGUUUAAAUAAGCCUUAUAUUUUGGUACAAAAAUACAGACCGAAAAUGCCCAAGAAAGCGAAAGAAGUUGCCGAAUGGGAAGGCGAUGAGCCAGCGCCGGCAGAAAAAGCUGUAAAGAAAGGAAAGAAAGAUAAGAAAGGGAAAAAAACGUUCUUUGAGGAGCUGGCGUCAGACAAUAAACAGGAGGAGGAGGAGCCUGUUGUCAAGGAAGGAAAGCAGCCCCAGAAGAAAAAGAAAGACCGGCGAAAAGGGAGGGGUGGAGACGGCGAUGAUGAGGAUGAAGAGGUGAUGCAGAAGCUGAAGAAGCUGUCGGUGCAGCCCAGCGAUGAAGAGGAGGAAGAGGAAGAUGCUGUGAUCAUUCGCAACAUGGGUGGAAAGAGGAAUAAGGGUGGGAACAUAUUUGCUGCUCUCAGUCAGGGACAGAGUGACGAGGAUGACGAUGGCAGCAGAGACGAAGAGGAGGAAGAGAAACCGCAGAACAAGAAACCCAGCCGCAAGGCCGUUGCUCUGAAAGAUCUGGAUGAGGAUGGAGAGAAGGUGGUGAAAGGCAAGAAAAAAGACAAACCUAAAACGAAGAAAAGCAAGGAGGCAUCAGAGGACGAGAAGGAUGAGGAGGAGGAGAAAGACGAGGAAGAAAAGAAGGUGGUGAUGAAGAAGGACAAGAAGAUGCCUGGAAAAGCGCAGAAGCAGGAAGAGGAGAGUCAAGAGGAAGAGAAGCCAGUGAAGCCCCCGAAAGCAAAGAAGGAGCAGCCGAAGAAGGGGAAACCACCCCGCCCGCCGCAGAGUGAGGAAGAUGAGGAUGAGGACGAGGAGAAGAGCGAGGAGAAAGAAAAGGAUGAGGAGGAUGAAGGUGAUGAAGGAGACGGGGGAAAGGCGAAGGAGGCCGACCCCUACGCCAACAUGAGCAAGAAGGAGAAGAAGAAGAUGAAGAAGCAGUUGGAGUACGAGAGGCAGGUUGCCAGUGUUCGUGCUCAGAGUGCCACAGAGGGGGAUUUCUCAGUGUCGCAGGCGGAGAUGUCCUCCAGACAGGCCAUGCUGGAGAACGCCUCUGACAUCAAGCUGGAGAGGUUCAGUAUCUCGGCUCACGGGAAGGAGCUGUUUGUGAAUGCAGACCUCCUCAUCGUGGCGGGACGACGCUACGGUCUGGUCGGCCCCAACGGCAAAGGGAAGACCACUCUUCUGAAGCACAUUGCAAACAGAGCUCUCAGCAUCCCCCCGAAUAUCGAUGUGCUUCUGUGUGAACAAGAGGUGAUCGCGGACGACACCCCGGCGGUGCAGGCGGUACUGAAGGCCGACACCCGCCGCCUAAAACUGCUGGAGGAGGAACGACAGCUACAGAACCUGCUGGAGAGAGGAGAGGAUAGCGUGAGCGAGAGGCUGGAGAAGGUGUAUGAGGAGCUGAGGGUGAUCGGGGCGGCUGCAGCUGAGGCUAAGGCUCGCAGGAUCCUGGCUGGUCUCUCCUUCACCCCGGAGAUGCAGAACCGAGCCACCAAGAAGUUCUCCGGAGGCUGGAGGAUGAGAGUGUCUCUGGCCAGGGCCCUGUUCAUGGAGCCCACUCUCCUGAUGCUCGAUGAGCCCACAAACCACCUGGACCUGAAUGCUGUCAUCUGGCUAAACAAUUACCUGCAGGGCUGGAAGAAGACCCUGCUGAUCGUGUCACAUGACCAGAGCUUCCUGGAUGACGUCUGUACUGACAUCAUUCACCUGGACAACCAGAAACUCUAUUACUACAGGGGCAAUUACUUGGCCUUUAAGAAGAUGUACGUGCAGAAGCAGAAGGAGAUGCAGAAGCAGUAUGAUAAACAGGAGAAGAAGCUCAAAGACUUGAAAGCAGGAGGGAAAUCCACCAAACAGGCUGAGAAGCAGACGAAGGAUGCUCUGACCAGGAAGCAGCAGAAAGGGAGGAAGAAGGGUCAGGAGGAGGAGAGUCAGGAGGCCCCAGAGCUGCUCAAAAGGCCCAAAGAGUACACCGUCAAAUUCACCUUCCCCAACCCGCCGCCCCUGUCCCCGCCCAUCCUGGGCCUGCACAGUGUGGACUUUGGCUAUGAGGGUCAGAAGCCUCUGUUUAAAAACGUGGACUUUGGAAUCGACAUGGAGUCUAGAAUUUGUAUCGUUGGACCCAACGGUGUCGGGAAAAGUACCCUGCUGCUCCUGCUAACAGGCAAAUUAACUCCGACUCGAGGAGAAAUGAGAAAGAACCAUAGAUUGAAAGUCGGUUUCUUCAACCAGCAGUAUGCAGACCAGCUGACCAUGGAGGAGUCGGCCACAGAGUACCUGCAGCGGAACUUUAACCUGCCGUACCAGGACAGCAGGAAGUGCCUGGGCCGCUUUGGCCUGGAGAGCCACGCCCACACCAUCCAGAUCUCCAAACUCUCAGGUGGUCAGAAAGCCAGGGUCGUGUUCGCUGAGCUGUCCUGCCGACAACCUGAUGUGCUCAUCCUGGAUGAGCCCACCAACAACCUGGACAUCGAGUCGAUCGACGCCUUAUCUGAAGCCAUUAACGAGUACAAGGGAGCCGUGAUCAUUGUGAGCCACGACGCCCGGCUGAUCACAGAAACGCAGUGCCAGCUCUGGGUCGUGGAGGACCAGGCCGCCAACCAGAUCGACGGCGACUUUGAGGACUACAAGCGCGAAGUGCUGGAGGCCCUGGGGGAGACCCUGGUCAACAAGACCCGAGACUGACAGGGCCGAGGAGGAGGGGCGGGGCAGCAGGGGUGCACGCUGGUGGGGCAGUUUUAAAACAAUGUACACAAUGCUUCCUGGGAGCGCUGACGGCGGCUUGCUCGGCAGCAGUGUACUCUGGCGCCCUCUUGGGGCUGUGCAACGGUGGCGCGAGCCGGUGUCACGUUCCUCUUCACCCACCGCACACUCCUCCCCUCUGAUUGGUCAGUACAGGCCAUGUGAUGCAUGUGGGCCAGUCAGGGACGAGUGAGCGCUGUGUGUUUUGGAGAGUGAUUGCGGCGUGUGCAAAUUCACCGUUGCGGGCUGAAGACCGGGCAGAUGACACGGGAACGAGUCUGGCAGUAGCAUGCCGCACUGUUGGUUAGGUUUCGAGCGAUAUGCAUCAAGAGGCAACAGUACAUUAACUUUGGCCCAGGAAAUAUAGAAAAUAUACAUAUAACUAUAUCACUGAUAUUAAACUUUGAAUUUAAGGGGUGGGACAGAAAGUGGGAAUUUGAAAUAUGGACAUAAUUACAUGAGACAACUAUGAAAUAAAUGGAUUUUUGCACCAAA